GCCUGCGCACGACUCCUCGGCCGCCGGUGGCGAUGUCAGGCCGGUCCAAACGGGAGUCUCGUGGUUCGACCCGCGGGAAGCGCGAGUCCGAGACGCGGAGCAGCUCGGGUCGAGUCAAGCGGGAACGCGACCGGGAACGGGAGAGCGAGGUGCCGAGCUCCCGGAGCAGCCCGGUGCGCGUGAAGCGGGAAGUCGAGGCUGCCGGCGCGCGCGCGGCCCCGGCGCCCGUGGUCCCGGCGGUGCGGGUGAAGCGGGAGCGCGAGGCCGAUGAGGAUUCGGAGCCCGAGCGGGAGGUGCGAGCAAAGAAUGGCCGGGUGGAUUCCGAGGAUCGAAGGAGCCGACACUGCCCGUACCUGGAUACCAUUAACAGGAGUGUGCUGGACUUCGACUUUGAGAAGCUGUGUUCCAUCUCGCUCUCCCAUAUAAAUGCAUAUGCCUGUCUGGUGUGUGGCAAGUACUUUCAGGGUCGGGGUUUGAAGUCUCAUGCCUACAUUCACAGUGUCCAGUUUAGCCACCAUGUUUUCCUAAACCUCCACACCCUCAAGUUUUACUGCCUCCCAGACAACUAUGAGAUUAUUGAUUCCUCACUGGAGGAUAUCACGUAUGUGUUGAAGCCCACUUUUACAAAGCAGCAGAUUGCAAACUUGGACAAGCAAGCGAAAUUGUCCCGGGCAUAUGAUGGCACCACCUACCUGCCGGGUAUUGUGGGUCUGAAUAAUAUAAAGGCCAAUGACUAUGCCAACGCCGUCCUUCAGGCCCUGUCUAACGUUCCUCCUCUCCGGAACUACUUCCUGGAAGAAGACAACUAUAAGAACAUCAAGCGUCCUCCUGGGGAUAUCAUGUUUUUGUUGGUCCAGCGGUUUGGAGAGCUGAUGAGAAAGCUCUGGAAUCCUCGGAAUUUCAAGGCUCAUGUCUCUCCCCAUGAGAUGCUGCAGGCUGUUGUUCUUUGCAGCAAGAAGACUUUUCAGAUCACCAAGCAGGGGGAUGGAGUUGACUUUCUGUCUUGGUUCCUGAAUGCUCUGCACUCGGCUCUGGGAGGCACGAAAAAGAAAAAGAAGACCAUUGUGACUGACGUUUUCCAGGGGUCCAUGAGGAUUUUCACCAAAAAGCUUCCCCAUCCAGAUCUGCCAGCAGAAGAGAAGGAGCAGCUGCUGCACAAUGACGAGUACCAGGAGACGAUGGUGGAGUCCACCUUCAUGUACCUGACGCUGGACCUGCCUACUGCCCCCCUCUACAAGGAUGAGAAGGAGCAGCUCAUCAUCCCCCAGGUGCCGCUCUUCAACAUCCUGGCCAAGUUCAACGGCAUCACGGAGAAGGAAUAUAAGACCUAUAAAGAGAACUUUCUGAAGCGUUUCCAGCUUACCAAGUUGCCUCCAUAUCUAAUCUUUUGUAUUAAGAGAUUUACUAAGAACAAUUUUUUUGUGGAGAAGAAUCCAACAAUUGUCAACUUCCCUAUUACGAAUGUGGAUCUGAGAGAGUACUUGUCUGAGGAAGUACAGGCAGUGCACAAGAACACCACCUACGACCUCAUCGCUAACAUCGUCCACGACGGCAAACCCUCCGAGGGCUCCUACCGGAUCCACGUGCUCCACCAUGGUACGGGAAAAUGGUAUGAAUUACAGGACCUUCAGGUGACCGACAUCCUUCCGCAGAUGAUCACCCUCUCUGAGGCUUACAUUCAGAUUUGGAAGAGGCGAGAUAACGAUGAAACCAAUCAGCAGGGGGCUUGAAGGAGAAGUCUGGGCCCUCGUUCCCAGGGUGGAAGCUGUAACAGACUGACUGGCCUGUGUCGAGGGUCAGCUCAUUUCCUCAUGGUUCAGAGGGGCCCACUUCCCUGGGAAGGCUCAGUGCUGACCCCUUGCUCUUGGUCGAUCGCUUUACUGUAGUUAGGAGCUCCUUUCCCUUCCUGUCUGGCCCACUGGUAGCAUCAGCAGAACAGAACUCUUUGACAGAUGUGUGUAACUUAUUUUUGAGUAGCUGGGAGUACCUGACAGGCAAGGUCAUUUCUUCUAAGCAUCAAAAUCCUCAGGAUUCUAAGAAGAAGAGCACGAAGGCUAGUAACGUCCUACAUUCACAGGGAGAUUAUUUCCAUUGGUUCUUUGCAUUUCCUCAUGUGAUUUUUGGAACCAAUUAAAUAUUUUCUUUUGUAAA